UUGAAAACAAUAACAAAUCGCUCCGUUCAAGUCAAAAAAUCAAAAAAAUGUCUAAAAACAUCAAAUUAUAUUUUGAUUUGAUGUCUCAACCAUCACGAGCGAUGUAUAUUUUGUUCGAUCUCGCUCAAAUUCCGACGGAUCAUCAACCAGUCGCCUUGAGAAAAGGAGCUCAUAUGACAGACGAAUUCAAAGCCAUAAAUCGUUUCCAAAAAGUGCCUUGCAUCGUCGAUCACGAUGGUUUCAAACUUUCCGAGAGUAUCGCCAUCCUCCGGUACUUGGAUCGCAAAAAUGAGUUUCCAUUAUUGAAAAAUUUGUAUCCCGAAGACACAAAACAUCGAGCGCAAGUCGAUGAAUUCCUCGAAUGGCAACACAAUGGCUUGCGAAUCUUUUGCGCGAUGUAUUUUCAACUUGCCUGGCUACUUCCGAUCCUCACGGGGAAGCCAAGUGCCCAAGAUCGGGUCGACGAGAUGAAAGAUCGCAUGGAAAUGGCGCUUGACACGAUGGAAGACGUCUGGUUGGGCGAAAAAAAUAAAUUUAUUACGGGAGAAAAACUCACAGCGGCAGAUAUUUGGGCGGCAUGCGAAAUUGAGCAACCAAAAAUGGCGGGAUAUGAUCCAGUCAAAGGUCGUCCAAGGUUGGCGAAUUGGCUGAAGGAGGUACGGAACGCUACAAAUCCCGUUUAUGACGAAGCCCAUAAAUAUGUGAGGAAAAUUUGUGAGUCCUCGAAGAAGGCAAAGUUGUGAAUUGGCCUUAAAAAGGUGAAUUUCGUGUUAGGUGAUGGUUUUAUUUCAUAAAAAAAUAAAAAAAAUGCAUUUU